AUGGUUGGCCCCGCGGGUGUCAGAGUUGGCCACGACUGCUCCAUCACCGAUCUCCAUUAUGCCGACGACGUUGCAAUCCUUAGCGAGUACUACGCGGAUGCCCAGCUUGCACUCGACGAGGUCAGUCGCAAGGCAAAAAUGGUGGAGAUGGAUAUUAACGCUUCCAAGACAAAAAUUCUCUCUGCGAACUACCCCCUACCUGAUCGAGUGGCUGUAACCCUCGAUGGUGAAGCUGUGGAAGAGUCCAAAGACAGCAGUCGUAAUAAUAAUGAUUCUUCUUCUUCUUCUUCUUCUUCUUCUUCUUCUUCUUCUUCUUCCUCCUCCUCCUCCUCCUCCCGCCAUUCGGUCUUCCAUUUCUUCUUUCUUCUUUUUUUUAAUUUUUCAGUCCAUUUCUUCUUUCUUCUUUUUUUAAUUUUUCAGUCCAUUUCAGUCCAUUUCUUCUUACUUCUUUUUUUAAUUUUUCAGUCCAUUUCAGUCCAUUUCUUCUUUCUUCUUUUUUUAAUUUUUCAGUCCAUUUUCAUUUUUUUUUUCUUUUUCUUUUUUUUUAAAUUUUUCAGUCCAUUUCAGUCCAUUUCAGUCCAUUUCUUCUUUCUUCUUUUUUACAGCCUUUUUUCACCUCCUUUUCCCACGUCCAUUUCAUUCUUUCUUUUUUUUAAUUUUUUCUCUCCAUUUCCCAUCUUUUCGUCUUUUCUUCGGCUUUUUUAA